GGAAAUGGGAAAGAAGUGGUUCAGUUUGAAAGCAACACAAACAAGAAAAAUGAAUUAAAAAAAUAGUUUACCAGUUUUUUAUGUUUAGCUCCAGAUCAACGUCUCUGUUUCUGUUCAGUCCCACCACCAGAGGUCUCUACCAGGACAGUUGUGACCUGUGAGUUUGUGUUGGUUGACACCUUUCAUCUUACCUGCCCCGCCCAAUUUACCACACACACAUACACACGCACACGCACAUAGAGCUACAGAGGAUGGAGGAAAUGAGCUGAGCUCAAACUUCAGAGAAAAUCCCUCAGCUCAUGUGCUCCUGAGUUAAGUGGAUGCAGCUUUGUUAGACAAAAAGGAAACAAACAACAUGGGAGCAUCUUCUUCUGGCUUGUUGGAUGAGGCCAAAAUCAGCCAAAUCAAAGGACUUGUUGAGAAAACGUUCUCGAGCUUCAGCGUGUUUUACCGUCAGCAGUAUUCUGUCACCUAUCUCGGACACAUCCGGCAGGAGGUGGAGCCUAAGAAAGAAGGGAGGGGCCUAUUGCUCAGACAUAGGCCUAAAUAUGAUGCAGACCAGGUACUGUACCAAGGGACUGUUAAGGUCUCCUGCUGGGACGAGCAGGGGAAAAAAUGCAGGGAGAGAUAUGUUGUCCUGAGAAAAGACUACAGAGUGGAAAUCCAUGACAACAUGGAGACUUUUAGUCAUGGAGCUGCAGCUAAGCUGGUCCUCCAGCCAGCCAGAGGGAUUGUGUUCACCAGUGAAGAAGAGUCCAGAGCUCAGCUGGAGACGAACUGCGCUGGGAUUCUCAGUGGAGUGAAGGAGGACUCUUUUUCGGUGGCUUCGUCUCCAGACGGCUUUGCCGUUUAUCUUCACCUGUCUUAUUCAGGCUACACCUGCUUCAUGUUUCAAAAGGAAGAGGAACGAGAUCACUUCCUGUCUGGCCUCGAGACCUGCAUUAGACAUUGCAACCUUGACCCCUGGAAGGAUCCGUCCCACGAGAGCCAGGCAUACGCCCAAGCCCUCCAUUUCUACCGUCAGGACAAAGGAUGCUAUGAAUCCUGGGAAAUGCUGCUGGGCACUGAGGAACAAGCGCUGGCCUCCCAAGUGAUGGAGGAAGUGUUGCCAUGGUUACAGAAUCAGCUUCAGUCCAAACUGAAGGGCAAAAAGAAUGAAAGGAUACGACAAUGGCUGGCAACGGUGCAGGCAACCCACAUGUUGGUGCUGGAACAGCUGACUGCAGGUUUGGAGGCUCUGAAGGAGGAGUGUCGUCAGGCAGCAUCAGCGAGCCAGACACUGAUCAGGUCAAAUCUGGACCAGAUAAUAUCUUCUCAUGACUUCCUGGAGAACAAAGUCAGAGCCUGCAUUUGUGAAGAAGCAGAGGAAGUGUGCGGUGAGUCGAUCGUACCCUACAUGUCCUCCAUCCUUGAAGCUCUUACAGAGCACAUUGGAGAUGGAAUCCUUGGGAUGCAACACACACUGCAAACACAAAUGAGCUCUGCAUUUUCACUCACAAAUGGAAAGGCAGAAGGGACGACAAAGGUGUGCGUUCUCCAAGUCUUGUCCAGUCUGCACUCCAUCAGUCUGGACCGGAACUAUAAGCGGGUGGAGAGCCUGGCUAAGAAACUGGAAGAUUUAAAACAGAGAUUUGGAAUGGGCAGCGUUCAGAGACUUGUUCACGCUGCACAUCUGGAGAUGGAGCAGUUGCUGGAUAGUGCUGUCUACACACUAGAGCAGUUCCUCCAAUCAUCAUCCAAGCUGCAACCCUCUCAGGUUCCUGUCAAGAUGGAGAGAGCUAAAGAAAGAGUUCUCAAGCAGCUGGACUAUGACAGCAGGGUGGUGAAGAGGAGACUCUAUCAGGAGGCUCUGCUGGAGAUCACUCUGCCAUCUCUCGUCAGGAGGAUGGACAGCAAGUGGAAAACUGAGCUGCAGCAGUUUGAGCAGUACAUCUUCUCUGACUACAGCAGUUUCAUUCUGGUUCACAACGUCUAUGACGACGUCCUGAGGAGCAUCCUCAGGAAGGAGAUACAGACAGUGGUCCAGGAUGCUGCCAGUAAGAACAGCAACAACCAUCUGCUGGACAUGGCCGAUUUAACCAUCAGCCAGUACAGUCUGCUGGGACAGACGCCUCCUCGCUCUGCACCAGACAGUCCAGCAGUUCAUUCUCAACGCUCCUCCUCCGUGCCCGGUGAGGACCAAGAGACCACUACAGGGGUGGAGGAGGGGAGGAAAACACCUGAAGUUUCCCCUCAAACUGAUGCAGAAGUCAAGGAUGAAACUAGAUUUGAUGUUGGGUCUUCUCCAUGCUCUGACCAGAGCUCGUUGAUUCAGUCACCUACCAUUAUUGUGACCCAACAGUUUGAUGAAAAUGCAGAAACUAGUGAAGAGGCCAAAAAUGGAGGCGAUGCACAAACAUCAUCAGACAUGACAGCGGAUAGAUCUUCCAAAUCAGAUGGAGCUUUGACUCAGGAAGUCGAUACCACUAAAUCCCAGGCUGAACCUGAAUUUCAAAUCCCCAAGACUCCUGAUCUGGCUCCUGUGGUUUCGCUCCAAUCAUCAGCAAAUAUUCAAGCUGAGUGUACUCGGAGUGGUGAUUCCACAUCAUCUGAGAAUCCAGCCACACCUGACCUCUCAACCACCAACCAAACAUCAGAGGAGCCUUCCUCACCUGGGACAGAAGGUCCAAAGAAAAUCACUCUCUGUUGUUUAAGUGAUGCGAUUGCUCCGUCCUCCGCAGAGCCUGCUGUGAUGCAGACACCGAUCCAGCAGCCCACCGACAGGGCCGUCUAUUUGACGGGACAAAUAAAGGACAACUGGGAGAUGGAAAAAGCAAGGGAGGAGAAACGGAAUGAGGCAGCAGAAAAAGAGAUGACUGAGGAGGAGAGGGAUGGAGAAGCCCAAACAGAUGAGUCCAUCAACGAGACGGGAGGUGGGAUGAAUGGUGAGGUGCAAAAAGAAGGUCAGGUCGAAGCAGCAACAGAGGAAGAUAAAUCAGAGGAAAAGGAAAAUAAAUACCCAGAGAAGAGAGAGGAUCUCCAAGGUCCUAAACCAGAUGCAUCAGAGCCAGAGAGCAACCCUGAGGCACCGGUGGACAGCGUGGGGAUCAUCAGAGACCUUGUGACUGAGGUCACUGAAGUGGAGGAAAUAAUCACUCCUAAACCACCAGCAACUCCAUCAGCGUGACAUCAGAGCUUCCGACGAAUUCUUCCACACUGAUCAACAUUACUGGUUAUUAAACGGUACCUGGGACCACAGUUGUAGCCACCUUUACGUUGUUUGUAUUUUGGAGAAAAACAACUAUUUUAAUUUAGCUGUGAUCCUUUUUUCAGACUGUAAACUUCUAGUUUUCUGUUUUUCUUGAAUCUGUAACUGAAUAAAUGACCUAAUAAAAUGUAAAGCUAAC